GUCUGACCGUCAGCCGGGGGUGUAACUUGUAACUGGGUGGUUACUGUACCCGUUUGCCUCAAAAAUGUCCAUCUAUAGGAAUGUCGUUUGGUUUAUGAAAGGACUUCAGGAGUAUACAAAGAGUGGCUAUGAAGCUGCAGCAACGCGUUUUGCUCCUGGGGACAUGGAUGUGAACCUGAGUGGCCGGUCCUUCAUGAUAACAGGUGGCAACAGUGGGAUAGGGAAAUCCGCAGCUCUGGAAAUAGCCAGCAGAGGUGGAACAGUUCACAUGGUGUGUCGAAACAAGGAGAGGGCAGAAGCAGCGAAGACCGACAUCAUAGAACACAGUAAAAAUCAGAAUGUACAUGUACAUGUUGUGGACAUGUCCCGUGCCAGACAAGUUUGGGAGUUUGCCCAGCGGUUCACACAAAACAACAAUUUACAUGUACUGAUCAACAAUGCCGGGUGUAUGGUCAACCAGAGAGAGCUAACUGGGGAGGGUUUAGAGAAGAACUUUGCAACAAAUACACUAGGUACGUACAUCCUCACCACCGCAUUGAUACCUGCCUUGAAGACAGCUGAAGACCCCAGAGUGAUCACAGUGUCAUCUGGAGGCAUGCUGGUACAAAAGCUGAAUGUGGACGACCUGCAGUUUGAGAAGGGGACGUUUGACGGCACCAUGGCCUACGCUCAGAACAAAAGACAGCAGGUGAUCCUGACGGAGAGAUGGGCAUCUCAGCACAAAGAGAUACACUUUUCUUCCAUGCACCCCGGCUGGGCAGACACACCAGCUGUCCAGUCAUCCAUGCCUGACUUUCACACCAAAAUGAAGGACAAACUGCGGACAGCAGCCAUGGGGGCUGACACAGUAGUGUGGCUGGCGGUCUCAGCAGCUGCCGCCAAGCAGCCCAGUGGACUCUUCUUUCAGGAUCGUAAAGCGGUGGCUACACACUUGCCCCUGGCUUUCUCCCGGUCCACUCCACAGGAAGAGGAAAAGCUUCAGGCCACCUUGGAACAGCUUGCUGACAAGUUCAAACCUUGACCUCUGUUUACCCCUUUUCUUUUUAAACCCUUUUUCAACAGAUGUAUGGUAUAAGCUGUUUUAAUUUUUUAUAUAAUUUUUUAUAUAGUGAAUUUGAAUUGGUCACUUGGGACAUUUUUAACAUGCAAACUGAUGCUUUGUUGAGGACAAAAUAUCACAUUCCAAAACACUUUAUAUCUAUUUUGAAAAAUGUUAUUGGACUGUUUUUAAGAACGUAUCGCAAUAGUCAGAGCUCAUAUCUUUGACCAAAUCAAACCUUACAUUUGUAUAAAGCAAGUAUAAUUAAGUGAAAAUCUGCCAUUUCAUUUCAUACAUGCUAUGCAUAAUACAUAUCUUUGACAAUUUUGUUAAACAUUAAGUCUUAUUUUACAGCACUUAGGUGAGGUAAACUGAGACUGUCACAUUGUAUGCUCAGUCACUGGUGUUGUAUGUUUACUUAACAAGCUUCCCCACUGAUGUAUUUUUAUGACACGAAAGAAUGAAGGAGGUGAAGUCUUUGACCCCAACAGUCGUUUCUGCUCACCGUCUCUCAAAUGCCUUGAACAGAGGUGGUCUUCAUGAUGUCUUCUUGCUCCGCCUUGGAUAACCUGCAGAAUGAUGUGAGUCCUAAUGAAGGGGUUAUUCUUGGAGACAGUGCAGCUCCAAAUGCUAGCCAAUCUGCUGUGCGUGUUGUGGUUUUCAAAAACAAAUUCAUGAUGGCAAGUCGCACCAAAGCUACCUCAUAUAUUCUUGAAUCAGCUUCUGAUCUGUAGAUGCUCUGCAGACCGUUUGGCGAACAGGUCGUUUCAGUACUGCCGGCCUCGUCUUGGUGCUUAAAAAAACCUGUUGGCCGAAGUGCCAUGUAUUUCAAUUGUAGUACAUUUGUUUCGACAUUAUCGUUAGGAAUACUAUAAAUGAGCAAAACGAAUAAAGGCCCUCAAAGGUCUUUAGUAAUUUGCCAGCUAAUACUUCUGAGCUUUUACUGUGUUUGAGAUUUUUUUAAGUAUUUCUUCGCUGUGAAAAAUAACACCUGUAGUUAUCUGUUGCUGUAUAUACUCAUCGUGUGUCUUUUGGAUACGGGGCUAAGUUUAAUAUGAUGUUUACUAAACUUCCUGGAUAAGUCGUCGCUGCGCCCUUGGAGGAAUUUUGGUUGGCCAGCCACUCCUGGGAAGACUCCCCACUGUUCUAAUUUUUCUCCAUUUGGAGACUGGCUCACUGUGAUUUGCUGCAAUCCCCGGAGCCUUAGAAAUGGCUUUGUAACCCUUUCCAGACUGAUAUCUCAACAACUUUUUAUUCUCAUCUCUUCCGGAGUUUCUUUUGAUGGCGACAUAGUGUGCUGCUUGUUGAGACCGUGUAGCUUACUUGACAUUGAUGGCAAGCUUCUAUAUAAGUCGUGUUUAGAUUAAACAGGGCUGGCAGUAAUCAGGCCUGGGUGUGUGCUCUAAUUGAAUUCACUGAUCAACCAAAUUUGGUUAAUUGUUUGAGCAACUAUGGGGGCGAUUACGUUUUCACACUGUCAGUUGGUGUUGGAUAACUGAUUCCCUUAAGUAAAUACAAUUAUUUAAAAACUGAA